CCGCGGACCCGGCGCGCGCGGGGUCUGGCGCAGAGCGCGGGGACUGCGCCGCCGCUCGGGCUCCGGCUGCUCCGCGGGGCUCGGCGCGCGAAUUCCGGCGAGGCCCCGCGAGCUCCCGGGCGGGCGACCCAGCAUGGCGGUGGAGGAGGAAGGGCUCCGGGUCUUCCAGAGCGUGAAGAUCAAGAUCGGUGAAGCCAAAAACCUUCCCACGUACCCGGGGCCAAACAAGAUGCGAGACUGCUACUGCACCGUGAACCUGGACCAGGAGGAGGUUUUUAGGACCAAAAUUGUGGAGAAGUCACUCUGCCCUUUCUACGGAGAAGACUUCUACUGCGAAAUUCCUCGGAAUUUUCGACACCUGUCAUUUUACAUUUUCGAUAGAGAUGUUUUCCGGAGGGAUUCCAUCAUAGGGAAGGUGGCCAUCCAGAAGGAGGACCUGCCCAAGUACCACAACAGGGACACGUGGUUCCAGCUGCAGCACGUGGAUGCAGACUCUGAAGUGCAGGGCAAGGUCCACCUGGAGCUGAGGCUGAGUGAGGUCAUCACCGACACGGGCGUCGUCUGCCACAAGCUGGCCACGCGCAUCCUCGAGUGCCAAGGCCUUCCCAUCGUGAACGGGCAGUGUGACCCCUACGCCACCGUGGCCCUGGCAGGACCGUGCAGAUCAGAGGCAAAGAAGACAAAGGUGAAAAAGAAGACCAACAACCCGCAGUUUGAUGAAGUGUUUUAUUUUGAGGUGACCAGACCCUGCAGCUACAGCCGGAAAUCCCACUUUGACUUUGAGGAGGAAGACGUAGACAAACUUGAAAUCCGAGUUGACCUCUGGAAUGCCAGCAACUUGAAAUUUGGAGAUGAGUUUCUGGGAGAACUAAGGGUUCCGCUGAAUGUGCUGCGACAGUCCAGCUCUUACGAAGCCUGGUACUUCCUUCAGCCCCGAGACAACGGCAGCAAAAGCCUGAAGCCGGGGGACUUGGGAUCCCUGCGGCUGAACGUGGUCUACACUGAAGACCACGUCUUCUCCUCCGACUACUACGGCCCACUGCGGGACCUGCUGUUGAAGUCUGCGGAUGUGGAGCCGGUGUCCGCAUCCGCAGCUCACAUCCUGGGCGAGGUGUGCAAGGAAAAGCAGGAGGCCGCCAUCCCCCUGGUGAGGCUCUUCCUGCACUACGGCCGGGUCGUGCCCUUCAUCAGCGCCAUCGCCAACGCCGAGGUCCGGAGGACCCAGGACCCCAACACCAUUUUCCGAGGAAACUCCUUGACCUCCAAGUGUAUCGAUGAGACAAUGAAACUGGCAGGGAUGCAUUACCUGCACGUGACCCUGAAGCCCACCAUAGAGGAGAUAUGCCAGAGCCACAAAUCCUGUGAAAUUGACCCUGUGAAACUGAAAGAUGGAGAAAACCUUGAGAACAACAUGGAGAAUCUUCGGCAGUAUGUUGACCGCAUCUUCAACAUCAUCACCAAAUCGGGAGUGAGCUGCCCGACCGUCAUGUGUGACAUUUUCUUCUCUCUUCGGGAGGCAGCUGCCAAGCGCUUCCAGGAUGACCUGGAUGUGCGGUACACAGCUGUGAGCAGCUUCAUUUUCCUGAGGUUUUUCGCUCCUGCCAUCCUGUCCCCCAACCUCUUCCAGCUCACGCCUCACCACACGGACCCGCAGACAUCGAGAACGCUGACACUUAUCUCGAAGACCAUUCAAACGCUUGGCAGCUUGUCCAAAUCAAAAUCUGCCAGUUUUAAGGAAUCCUACAUGGCUGCGUUUUAUGAAUUCUUCAAUGAGCAAAAAUAUGCUGAUGCAGUAAAAAACUUCUUAGAUUUGAUCUCGUCUUCUGGGAGAAGAGACCCCAAGAGCAUCGAGCAGCCCAUUCUGCUCAAGGAAGGGUUCAUGAUUAAGAGGGCGCAGGGACGGAAACGCUUUGGGAUGAAGAAUUUUAAGAAAAGAUGGUUCCGCCUGACCAACCAUGAGUUUGCCUACCAGAAAAGCAAAGGAGACCAGCCUCUGUGCAGCAUUCCCAUCGAGAACAUUCUGGCAGUGGAGAGACUGGAGGAGGAGUCCUUCAAGAUGAAGAACAUGUUCCAGGUCAUCCAGCCGGAGCGAGCUCUGUACAUCCAGGCCAACAACUGUGUGGAGGCCAAGGCCUGGAUCGACAUCCUCACCAAAGUGAGCCAGCGCAACAAGAAGCGCCUCACUGUCUACCACCCCUCCGCCUACCUGAACGGCCACUGGCUCUGCUGCAGGGCCUCGUCGGACACAGCUCCUGGCUGUUCCCCCUGCACCGGUGGCCUCCCGGCAAACAUCCAGCUGGACAUCGAUGGGGACCGAGAGACAGAGCGUAUCUACUCCCUCUUCAACUUGUAUAUGAGCAAGCUAGAGAAAAUGCAAGAGGCCUGUGGCAGCAGAUCUGUGUACGACGGCCCCGAGCAGGAGGAGUACUCCACGUUCAUCAUCGACGACCCCCAGGAGACGUACAAGACUCUGAAGCAAGUUAUCACUGGGGUGGGGGCCCUGGAGCAGGAGCACGCCCAGUACCGAAGGGACAAGUUCAAAAAGACCAAGUAUGGGAGCCAGGAGCACCCCAUCGGAGACAAGAGCUUCCAGAACUACGUCAGGCAGCAAUCUGAGACCUCCACCCAUUCCAUUUGAAGCCUGCAGGCUGUCCUGGCCGGGAUGGCCCUGUGCUGCCCCAGGAGAGCCGUGGUCUCCGGGAAGGAGGGGACAGAGGAAAGACGAGAGGCCGCAGCCAGCAGGGAAAGGCACCCACCCGUCUUCAGCUCACACAGAUGGCACGCACCGGGCUCAGGGGACUGCGGGGACUCUGCCUGUGGUGGCUGUGCAUUUUGCUCACUCUGCUGGCCGGUGCCCCGUAGCACUGCUUGCGUCUGUGUGCUUUCGCCUUUGUGGGGUUCUGUGUGCCCGCGCCCCUGGAGCCCUCCGGCACUCUUCCUUAACAUCCUGCUUCCACAAGACGGGAUGCUAGUGGCGUGAUUUGUUUCCCGUGAGUGUGCCUCCUGGUGGUGUUCUUCCUGGCUGGAGGGCCCGCUUUGUGGCUUCGUGGUGCUUAACCGCACGAAAUCACAAUUUGAGGAUGCUCCUGAUGUUUUGGAGGUACAGGGUCCUGCAGAGAGCACCUGGGCGGGGUUUCCAGUCUGCCCUCCCAGAUGCUGGAGUCCCGUCCCGUGGGCCACAGAGGCCAGUCCGUGGCCUGCAGACGCUGCCGGAGUCAGCAGCGGGCUGAGCGUGCCCCUUCAAGCAAAAGCUGUGGUUGUUUUGCCGUCUGUGGGGCUUCAAAGUAGAAUCCACACUGGCUGCCCCUUGUGAGAGUUUGGGGAAGGUUUUUAAGAUAAGAAAUGUACAUUAUUUUCAAGCUGGUUUUCUUAAUGUUUUUAAAGGACUGCUUCUAAUGAGCUCUUUGAUAUCAAGUACCUCAAACAUGUAAACCUGUGCUCAUCAAAGGGGAGGGCGCCACGGCGGAGCGACAGCGGGCCCGCAGUGCACCCCCCAGAUGCCAGUCCCAGGCCCUCCGCAGUCCCCAGGGGAAGUGAGGAUGUCCUGAGCUUGAGCCGGGAUACCCCCACCCCCACCCCAGGCCCCAGGAGCAGCAAUUUGCUGUGUCUCAGAAGCUCCUAGAAGCCACCAGGCAGUGGAGGGGCAUCUCUUAGGGGUCGGGGCCCCUGAUGAGGAGCAGUUAGCCCUCGACACUUGGAAAGCACUGUCUGACAUGUAGACCUUGUGCCCAUAUCUGCCCUUCUUUGCAAAUACUGUCCUUCAGACUCUGACUGAUGGCAGAUAGUAGCAUUACUUGUCACAAAAAUGGUGGAGGAAAAUGUUGCAAAAACUUUGGGACACACAGCUAUGAGGCUGCACAGAACUGCAAUUUUUAACAUGGAUUUGUAACUUAAUGUUUCUGUUUAUAAGAUACUAAUGAUUUGCAAUGUAUUUUACUGGCCAAUUAAAACAGACCUUUUAUUCUUUCUGA